ACUUUGUAACUACGUGGUGGGGAGGGAGGGAGGGGGGUGGAGUCUUAGCGGAGCGACCGGAUUCAGUGGUUAAAGCGAGGCGCGAGUGGUUGCGGUGUAAUGCAUCAGAUGGUCCCAAGUUGCAUCUUCCUAUUUUCCGCGCUUCGUGAUGACUGCAUUGUACCAACGUGUGCGUGAAUAUGAAGCGUUGACUGGCGCCAAUUUAAUGAAAUGAAACAGCUUUGCCUCACAGUGCACUCAGCUCGUUGCAUAAUCGCAAUUGCGGUUAAUGCAAAUCAUCUGUUCGUACACUACAGUUUACAGUAUUGCGUUCGCUAAACGCAGAUCAUUGUACAAUAAUUUAGACUUGGCAACCCGUUUUAAAAGUCGGCAUGUAAUGAAAGUUACUUGUGCAAAACACGCAUCCAGUCGUACGCGUAAUAGUCGAAUAAACUAUACUGAAUAUCGCAGUACGUAGGGAAAAAAUCAUGCAUAUACUCUUUGGUUCUUUCGGUAAAGUCACGUAGUGACGAAAGCUUCAAAUCAAGAUAUUAUGCAUAUGUUAGACGACUGAUGGAAGAGACAAGAUCAACAUGAGACGAGACGAGCGAGAGACAUUUACCAGGCGAACCGUGGCCCUGGAUCGUGACAACUCAUCAAAUCUCAGGAGGUGAUGGAAUUGCUUCCGUUGAAGUUGAGCGAGCUGGCGGGAGCUGCCGCGGCCCGACUUGACGUGCGUGCCCUGGAGGAUGAACUUCCAGCGCUGCCGGUCACAGCACUGCAUGACCUUUUGCCGCACCUCAACCUCUUUUACCUGGACCGCCUCCAGGGAGCGUUGCAGAAACAAGGAGUGUCCUUGGAGCCCAAGUGGAAGCAGUUGUGUCAGGAGUUGGUUGGGAAGCAGGUUGGAUGCAGGGGCUCAGUGGCGACACAACACAAUCACCCACACGACGAGGGGGAGACCACGUGGCAUGAGCGGUUCAUGGGCCUGCUCUUCCGCGUCGCGUUGGGCGGCCUGGAGAGUGCCGUGUCCAGGAAGCACCUGGUGCUGCCCUUCACCUCCGACCCUCGCUUCUGCGCGCUGGAGAUGUGCGCACCGCACGUGCGCCGCCUCGCCGUAGCCCACCCGCUCGACGCAUUCUGCUCGCUGCUGCAGCCGUCGCGAGGGCCCGUCCUUUCCACGCUGGCGCGUACCCUCACUUCGCUCACCUUCAAGCACUUGGGCUUCGAUUGUUGCCCGACGCGCGAGCGGCUGGGCGCCGUCGUGCAGUCGCUCUCCAGUCUGCGCGAGGUCUCUUUCGAGCGGUGCCUCACACUGCGGGCAGAGCUGCUCGACUGCGUGCUCGGCGCGUGCGUGGCUUCGGAGCGUGCGGGCAAGCGUGACGAGGCCGAGGCGGUGGAGGAGGCGGGCACUGCCAAGAGGGUACGCUGUGACGCAAGCGCCCCCACGCUCGCGCACUCCGAUGCCACAGCAGGUGACGUUGACGAUGAAACGGAGCUCCUCUAUUCAGAUUUAUCGCCCGAGGAGCAUUGCUGGGACGAUAACGACAGCUCGGAGGAUCUUUUUGAUUUGUCGCUCACCGAGGGGCCAAGGCUGUGUUGUUGCCGUAAAACUCUCAUGCCGGUGUCCGUAGCCACCGUGCUCGAAUGCCUGGGCAUAGAGGCCGUCGACCCUGAGGGCAGUUGCGACUUCUAUGCUGGUGGAAGAGGGCCCGGCUGGGAUUCGCCCUUCUACUCGCCUGCCAGGACAACGGUCCCCACCGGCCCGUAUCGCGCUCCAUGCCCCCCGCUGACGGUGACGGUGCUGCGACUCGUUGGCAUGCCGCUGUCGGUGCAAUGCGUGGCCUACCUGGAGGAUGCGCUCUCGCACUGGAUCUGUCUCGAGAAGCUCGUGCUCAUCGACACCGAGCUGGAGAACCGCUUGCUGUGCGUGCUGCACGCGCUGCGCCGCCUAUCGCGUCUGCCGGCGACGCGGUUCUCUCACCUAGACCUGCGCGACGACGCCCUCGCCGUUCCCAUGCUCACCGUGGCGGGCUGCGUGCUCAGCUACUUCCCGCGGCUGCGCUCUCUGCUGCUGGCGACGGUGCUGCCCGUCGUCAGCCCCGGCGUGCCCCUGCAGGGCUGCCGCCUGCGUGGGGCCCUGCCGCCCUGCCAGCUGAGGGAGCUCUCGCUAUGCAGCUGCAGCAGAGAGGUGAACCUAGGGCGGCUGCUGGAGCUACUGGAGGCCACACGUGGCUUGCUGCGAUGCGUGAGCCUGCGCGGCAGGACGCUGGCGCACCGCGACGACCUCGCCACGGUGCUGCGCUCGCUGGCGGCGCCCGGGAACCGCCUCGACUCCCUGCGGCUGGAGGACAUGGGCACGAGGCUGGACCUGGACACGCUGGCGGAGGCCGUGAGGGCCACUCGCAUUAGCGAGCUGGCGCUGAGACACUGCCCGCCAUCUUUCGAGGCUAACGCACCGCGGUGGGACGGCUUGGCGCUCGCCCUCCGGCAGAACGCCAACCUGCGCCGGCUGGUGCUGGCGAGGAACCGGCUGGGACGGGAGGGGCUGCGUGUCCUCGCCUCCCUCUUCAGCGAGGGGGCGGCUUGCCGCGUCGCACACCUCGACGUCAGCUUCAACUGCCUGCCACCCGACGCGCUCCUGGAGUUUGCGCUGGCGCUGGGGGGCGAGGGGUCUGCGUCGCGCCGCCUGGAGGUGCUGGACAUCACCGGAAACCGGCUGCUGCGCGAGCCGGCGGUGGCGCAGCGUGCAUUAGUGAUGCUGCGCAGUCGCGUGGAUCACGUGUUGCACGAUGACUGGGACGCGACUCACGCCUUUGCCGACCACGUGAGCGUUAUGUGAGCGAUCGCGUGUCCCAGAGAGAGAGUUGGGAGGAGGUGAUCAGCAAGUCAACCCGGUUAGGGGCCAUCCAUUUAGUAGGUACGCAUGGAGAGGGGGGGUUAACCCAAAUGCGUACGCUUGCGUAUGGGGGGUCUACUGACAAUGUACGUACGCAUAGGAAACGGGGGGGGGGUUGGGGGGGGGAAGCAUUGAUAAUAAUGUCUACAUUGGCCUUCAAAUGAGCCACAGUUCAGUUUCUUCAGCUGUCAGACAAGUACUACCGGGAGAAGUGGGACUGUGGGAAAGGUGUCACUUGUAUGCCACCGUACCCCUGACUGCAAGCCAUCACGCAGCUCAGCAAAAUAAGUGGCCAAGGUACGCAACUUAAUUCUUUAAUGCAGCCGGUGGUGGACUAUCUGUUUACUUAGACACGUUAAUAUUUUUAAUCCUUGAUCGUUUCUGCGUGGAUUAAAUAUCGGCCGUUCUAUAGGA